GCAACUUAACUGAACAGUUAAUUAUUCAAAUAUUCACAAAAUAAAAUUUAAUAAAUAAAUUCAAAAUGAAUUUUUCAAAAGUCUUUAUAUUCGCAUUAGUUGUUCUUAUGGCCGUUUUUGGACAAUCACAAGCUGGAUGGUGGAAGAAAACUUUCAAACCAGUUGAAAAAUUAGGACAGAGAGUACGUGACGCCACAAUACAAACAAUUGGUAUUGCACAAGCAGCCGCCAAUGUUGCAGCAACUGCACGUGGUUAAGAACAAAUUAGAAAAUAAAAUUUUAAAUUAUUUAUUUUUAGAAUUAAUAAUUGUAAAUUAAUUAUAUCAUAUACAUAUACAUAUAAGCAAACCUCAUAAUAUAAAAGAUGAAAAAUUAAUAAAUAAAUCAAAAAUUU